CUCCCAGAGUCUGACACUUUCUGGUUUCAUCCCGCUCGAGCUUUUACUGGGGCACAUGAAGAUCGAAUUUCACGACUAAUCAUGUCAAAUGUCUCGAGCGUUCCGGAGGCGUGGCCGUUUAUCCAGCUUGACCUUGAUACCGCUUACACCAAAGUUGCUAUGACGGCUCUUGUAAUUUAUGAUUACCUUCUCCAUCUGGAUAAUGAAUCAAGCUACAUCUGGCAAACAAACUUUUCCUUCGUAACUGGACUCUACAUUAUGCUCCGUUAUGUUGGCAUCGCUUAUGCAGUGUACGAGCAUUCUAUCAUUCGGUUACUAACCCUUGCUGAGAACUUUACUACAGAAUCUCUGUUCGUGAGCCACAUUCUAUUCGUUUGCUCCGAGACCAUGCAAGUGUUAAUAUUACUUGCGUUGCACUCCUUGAUGAUAAUGCGCCUGCAUGCAAUGUACCAACGAUCAAUGAAGGUUUUGGUAUUCCUGAUCGGUUGCUUCAUCGUCGAGAUGGGCAUCUUUUUUUCGGCAACGGUUUUUCAGCUUCUACCAUCCAGUGGUAUUGUCGAGAUAAAGCUUAUCCUCUCCAACAACAGUUUCUGCAGUUUCAGCUCUGUAAAUAUGGAACGUCUACCGAUCGUGGACCGGCUCAACUCUGCUAACGUGGGAUCAAUACUCGCAGUAGAAGUAAUCAUGGUACUACUGUCUCUGUACCAGUUUACCCGGCACAUCCAGGAUUCUAUCCAAGGACGGCAGGGCCUAUCACGAAAAGCGUUGACACGAAGUGCAGGGAGCUUUUUCUCAAUCCUUGUCAAGGACAAUGUCUUGUACUUUUUACUUGCGCUAUCCACCACCAGCGUCACACUGAAGAUGAACAACAUACCACGAACUACAAGCGCCUUUCUUACGGUUCUGGAUAGCGUCCUUGAGGCACUAACACUGACUAUCAUUGGACCUCAUAUGAUCCUCAGCGUACGUCAUGCUGCCCGUAGUGACCACGUAGUAUCAGGGUCGGCUUUUAGAAGUAUCAAUCACGAGACUAGGGAAGUCGAGAUGGCCACCAUACGAUUCGGGUCAUUUGAUGGUCAGACAGAUUCGACUUAUGAUAUUUAGCUCUCAUCUCAGCAGCGAUGAGUUUCACUGUCCGUGUAUGUAGCAUGAUACAGAAGAAAAUCAACAACAUCGUAGACGUUU